AGUUGACGUAUUAUUUGAGCAACAACUAAGAAGUGAGAUUGUUGUUUGUGAAGUUGAAGGUGAAAACUUUUCUUUUAAACUAAACACCAGCUUACCACAAUGAACGCACCGCCAACAUUCGAAUCAUUUCUUUUGUAUGACGGAGAAAAAAAGGUUCAAAAAGAAGAAGACACGAAAGUUACAAAUGCGGCUAUAUUUACGGUAAAUAAAGAGGACCAUACUCUAGGAAACAUGAUUAGACACCAACUACUAAAGGAUCCAAAGGUGCUAUUUGCUGGUUACAAAGUUCCCCAUCCCCUUGAGCACAAGUUUGUAUUGCGUAUUCAGACAACUUCUGACUACACUCCUCAAGAAGCCUUCAUGAAUGCUAUCACAGACCUUACAUCGGAAUUGUCACUUUUCGAGGAGAGAUUUAAGGAAGCAAUCAAAGAAAAGAAAGAUGGAUUAGACUGAUGAUAAAAAUUUACUUUGAAAUUAAAAAAAUGGUUUAAAGUUUAGCUUGUAAUUAUAUUAAAUU